CAGUGGCGUUUUCUGAACUUCAUAUGUGUAUCGUUAACACUAACAGUUGACACCGGCUUUUGAACAUAGCCAAAACAUCCCAUUAAAUAUAGUCUCUCUGGGGUCCCAGCUGGUAUAGAACCACCAGAUCCUUCCUGUCAAUAAUGGCAAAUCCUUCUUCUUCGUCAAAGGGAUGGGUGAGCAAUAUCUCAUCAAUAGCAGCUCGCAUCUUCUUCUUCCUAAUCAUACUUCAGAUCCCUCUUUUCAGGGUCCCAUGCAGAUCGGGUAUGUGUUCAACACCGUUGCAUGUCACAUCUUCCCAAUUGAUUGCAAGUGAAAUAUUUCCUGUUGUUGUUGUGAAGACACUUUUGUACCCAGGAGCUGUUGCAAAUGGCCUUGUGAAAAACAUGGCUGUUCCAAGCUGGGAUAGCCUGUUAGACAUCUAUAACUUGACUAGUGUGAAGGGAGCUUCUGCAGUAACUGAUCUCCAACGCUUAGAGGUUCUUGCAGGAAGCUACUUCUCUGUGGCAGGAGCAUUUGUGGGCCUUCUAAAACCAGGGAGGAUGAGCAUGUUUGGGAUGCUUCUUAUAGUAUGGGGCCUUGUCAAGGAAGGCAUUUUGGGAAGGCCUGUAAAUACAGAUCCUACGAAAGCUGUAUAUGUCUAUCCAACAAUGUUACUUGGUCUGAUCUGUGCCUUCUCAUCUGUAAAGUAUGAUGUGAAGAAGGUUAUUAGAAGUGCCGCUCCACGGCCUGUGGCAAAGCCUCUUCAGAGCUCGUCAAAAUCUAAGCUGAAAUGAAUUGAAAUGUAAUGCUUCUAAUUUUUGUUGAAAGUUUCAUGUUAAUUAUUUCAAGUCGUAAUGACUUGAAAUGUAAUGCUUCUAAUUUUUGUUGAAAUUUUCAUGUUAAUUAUUUCAAACUUUAGACGUUCCUGCCAAAAAUUAUCCCGAAGAAUUUUAUUGCCUUA